GCAGGGGGCUGGAAAUGAGGUCAGCGCUUCUCCAGCUGGAGCAGUCGACAGGCAUCCGCCUUGAAUGAACUUCAGCUGGGGUGAAGCAGUGGGAUAGACGAGCCUCGGACAACAGAUCGCGUCAAUCAGCGGUUACCUCCGAAAUCAACGGUUCAUUAUCUGCACCGAAGAACUGCCUUGUGCAAGCUCGACCCACUUGACUUCACAUUCCCUGUGACAAAUCUUUGCUGAAGAUGGGCUGAUCCUGUCCUCUCAUCAUCUCAAUACCUGACCUGUAAUAAGUCCAGGGCGGCACGUUUUCCUGAUGUCAGAAGACUCCAGCUCCAAGCCUUUUCACUUCCAAAUUCUGGAGGGCCAGGAUGAAGCUCCAGGGUGCAGAGCAUCCACCUCCUGCAGCUCCAUGCCGAGGGGGGCUGCGGGGUGCAGCUCCAUGGCUCAACUGCACCGGAUGGGAGGUUACAACCAAGGUGGCCCCGAGCUAGGCCUCCCAUCAGACGGCAGCGAUAGCAGUGGCCAGGAGCGUCCGGCCACAUCGCACAGCCAUCGCAAGAACGCCCGGUCCCGCUCACUUCCGGAGGAAGACGUGGAGAUGAAGAGCAGCGGGUCCAGUGGCAGUGGGACUGAGUCACACGGAAAUGAGAGUCACGGCAAUGAGAGCCAUGGUAACGAGAGCAACGGCCAUGAGUCCAUGGGCAGCUCAAACAGCAACAGCAAAGACUCUGCCCUGCUGGAAUCUUCAGGAAGUAACAAAAGCUCCAACUCCCACAGUCCUUCACCUCCCGGCAGUUCAAACGCUUUCAGUCUGCUGAGUUCAGAGCAGGACAAUCCCUCCACCAGUGGGUGCAGUAGUCAGGAGUCUGCCAAGGCCAAGACGCAGAAGGAGGUGAUCAAAACACUGAAAGAGCUGAAGCUUCACCUGCCCGCUGAGAAGAGACACAAUAACAAGUCUUCAACUUUAAACACCCUUAAGUACGCUCUGCGCUGUGUCAAACAGGUGGAAGCCAAUGAGGAGUACUACCAGCUUCUUAUGAUCAAUGACAGUCAGCCCUCAGGCCUGGACGUCUCUUCUUAUACCAUAGAGGAAAUUGACAGCAUUACAUCAGAGUACACUCUCAAAAACAAUGACAUCUUCGCCGUGGCUGUGUCUCUCAUCACGGGGAGAAUCGUCUACAUUUCUGACCAGGCGGCCUCCAUUCUCAACUGCAAAAGAGAUGUGUUUAAGGACACCAAGUUUGUGGAGUUCCUGACGCCGCAGGACGUCAGCGUGUUUUACAGUUUCACAACGCCUUACCGCCUCCCCUCCUGGAGCAUGUGCACUGGAGCAGAGUCAUCGCUGCCUGACUGUGUGCAGGAGAAAUCCUUCUUUUGUCGAAUCAGUGGCGGUAAAGAGUGUGAGGGUGACAUGCAGUACUAUCCAUUCCGUAUGACGCCCUAUUUGAUGAAAGUCCAGGAUACAGUCCAUGCUGAAGACCAGUUCUGCUGCCUCCUUCUGGCCGAAAGGGUUCACUCUGGUUACGAGGCUCCCAGAAUUCCAACAGACAAGCGGAUCUUUACCACCACACACACUCCAAGCUGUGUGUUCCAGGAUGUGGAUGAACGGGCGGUUCCUCUGCUUGGCUACCUCCCCCAGGAUUUGAUUGGAACUCAGGUGCUUCUCCACCUGCAUCCCAAUGACCGACCAAUCAUGCUGGCCAUCCACAGGAAGAUUCAUCAAUACGCCGGCCAGCCGUUUGACCACUCGUCCGUCCGCUUCUGUGCGCGAAACGGAGAAUACAUCAUCCUAGACACCAGCUGGUCCAGUUUUGUUAACCCCUGGAGCCGCAAAGUCUCAUUUGUCAUCGGGAGACACAAAGUCCGCAUGGGUCCUGUGAAUGAAGAUGUUUUCAUGGCUCCAAGCUCUUCUGUCUGUGAGAUGAAGACCAUGGACUCUGACAUCCAGGAGAUAACUGAACAGAUCCACCGACUCUUAUUACAGCCCGUUCAUAACAGCGGGUCCAGCGGCUAUGGUAGUCUGAACAGCAAUGACCAGCUCUUGGGAAUGUCCUCCUCUAAUGAGAGCUCGAGCAAGGGCAAGAUGAUGCGGGAGGAGGAAAAGCUGAGCAGCAAGACCAGACCUCGGACUUUUCAGGAGAUCUGCAAAGGUAUUCACCUGCAGAAGAGUCAGGAACAGCAGACCGUGAAACAAGACCACAAGAAAAGUCUCGGCAUAGAGUCCGUACAGAGAGGGGCAACAGUGGUUCGACUCAAAGACUCGGCAGCGCCUCUUAACUGGUUGACUGGCGAGGACAGUCAGGCGUCAUACCAAGAGGAUCUGACCUUCAAUGAUCAGACUGUCUACUCCUAUCAGCAGAUCAGCUGUUUGGACAGUGUCAUCAGAUAUUUGGAGAGCUGUAACGUUCCCAUCAGCAUAAAGAGAAAGUGCCAGUCGUCCUCUAACUCGGACGAGGAAAAGCAGAAGGGAUCCAACAACAUGCAGCUGUCUGAAGAGCCGGCCUUGUUAAAGGAUCAGUCUGGUGUGUCUUCUUUGGAUGACCGAGACAAAAAGUCCAGCGAUGCUGCCACAGCGGUAGUGGGUACUCAGCUGCCCCUGCCUGUACCUAACAAACCAGAAAGCGUGGUGUCCAUAACCAGCCAGUGUAGCUACAGUAGCACCAUAGUGCACGUGGGGGACAAGAAACCUCAACCAGAGUCAGAGAUCAUUGAGGACGUACCAGGGGCAGGGGAAAUGGUGGAACUGGGCCAGAACAUUGGGGCCACUCCAUGUGCUGUUUCACCUCCUAGCCAAGAGAGGGAGUCCUACAAGAAACUGGGUUUAACUAAGCAGGUGUUGGCAGCCCAUACUCAGAAGGAGGAACAGGCCUUUCUGCAUCGCUUCAAGGAUCUGAGCAGACACACAGCCCUGAAAGACAACUGCUCUCAGUACCUGGAGCGUCAGAGACAACAGAUCCACAGUGACGCUCCUCCCACAGCUCGAUCUUAUAAGCAGGGUCCAGAGCCCCAUACCCGGCGAGGAACACGGAACAAGAAGACCAAGUCAAAGCGAGUGAGGCAGACCGAGUCCUCAGACAGUACCGUGUCACAUCGCAGACAGCAACAGACACGGCCUCCUCUCCUGAACCACGGUCUGAACCCAACCUCGUGGUCUCCCUCUGAAACGUCCCAGUCCACGUUUCCCAUGGCCUACCCUGCCAUGGUGCCAGGUUACCCUCUUCAGGGCUUCCCCAGAGCGGGUUGCAUGGACACUCGCCCCGACACCAAUCUAACAGGCUUUGGGGACAGCCAAGGGGCUCAAGCGUCUCCCUGCCCUCCGCCCAUUCAACCUCCUCCCUUCGCUGCCCCCAUGGUCACUCCCAUCGUGGCUCUAGUGCUGCCUAACUACAUGUGGCCCCCGCCACAGCAACCAGUGUUUCACACAGAGACCGGAGCUUUCCCCAUCCACACGCAGCCUUUUGGUCUGGCUGCAUUUCCGGGUCAAGGUGCCGCCCCGGUGAACCCAACCUUUUGUGUUCCAAAUCAGUUUAUCCCCCAGAACCAGCCUGGCCCCCAGGCAGGUUUCACCCCCCCAUCAUACUACAUCCCUCCAUCCUCGGAAACACCUAAGGUGCCAUUGGAAGGCCAGUCUCGUCCCUCAACGCCACAGUCUGGCCUAGGGGGAGGUCACACAUCCCCGCCCUUGUUCCAGUCUGGCUGCAGCUCACCACUCAACCUGCUGGAGCUGGAGCUGUCUGUCGACAACACGGUGCCCUCUGGUGGACAAGUGAAUAAUGCAGCUGAGAGGGACAAAGGAGCAAGUGCCAAACAAACCAAGCCAUCUCUCAGUCUCCUUGGUCCAUCUGGACCGUUGUAUUACGAGGGCCUGUCCUGUGUCUGUGAGAGUAUGUCUUGGGAUAAAGUGUGCUCUAGGCUGAGUGCUCACAGCAGAGAGGCAAGCUCACGGGGUGAUGGGAACAACAGUGACGCCAACUCUUCGUCCAGCGACAUGUUGGACAUCAUUCUCCAAGAGGACUCCUGUUCAGGCACGGGGUCGGCCACCUCGGGGUCCAUGGGCUCGGGGUCAAAUGGUUGUGGAACUUCUGCCAGUGGGACAUCUAAGAGCCGGACAUCAGGAAGCGCAGGGUCAGCAAGUGGAACCUCCGGCAGUGGAAAAGGCAGCAACAACAGUAGCAAAUACUUUGGCAGUGUGGACUCCUCCCAGAACAGCCAGAAGGUCAAGGGUCACUCGAGUGGCAGCGAUGGAAGGCCCAUAGAGAUGGAGCAGAGCGAUAACUUCAUCAAGUAUGUACUGCAGGACCCGCAGUGGCUGCUCAGGGCCAACACAGAUGAAAAAGUCAUGAUGACCUAUCAGCUGCCCUUGCGUGAUUUCGAGAUGGUGCUCCGAGAGGACAGAGAGAAACUGAAGAUGGUGCAGAAACACCAACCCCGGUUUUCAGAGGAGCAGAAGAAGGAGCUGAUCGAAGUUCACCCCUGGAUCAAGAACGGUGGUCUGCCCAAGGCCAUAGACAUAAAGGUCUGCUCCUGCUGUGACGGUGCCUCAGCGGCUACAGAAAUGUCGACGGCCGCUGUGGUGGUGGCAGAGGAUCAGCCAGAUCUGGAGUUAAGUGACAUUGAAGUUGCUGAAGUUGGCUGCCAGCAUAGAGCCAGAGAGGAGCCACCAAAGACUGUUGUGUCUGUCUGCCAUGACCACUGUGCUGGCUCAUUUUCUCAGACCGUACCUGACAGACAAUAAAGUAUUCAGGAGUCACACUGUGACUGUCAUUAACCACCAACCACCUCACAUUCUGCAGGAGCUGAAGAGUCACCUCUGUUUUCAAAGAAAAUUCGUAUGUAUUAUCUUGCUGUUUUGAGUAACGCCUGUAAGGAUAUCUUUUUGUUUCAUUGAAGUCCUUACUUUUUUUUUCUUUUAGUGUAGUCCUCAGCUGUACAAUGCAGGGCACGUCGGUGCUUCCUGAGCUCUGUAUGUUGAAUCUUUCCAUUUGUUCGCAGCAUCUUGUAACAUGCAGGACCACCACACUACACAGUAGAGGUCAAGGUGUGGCUGAUCAGUGUAAUAGCUCUGUGGUUGGUGAAACCCUUACGUUACAGUAAGUUUCCUUUGCCAGAAAAUGCGAUGACAAAAAGGGAUAAAGAACCUAACUUAUUUAUUUUUUUACUAAUUUCAGUCACAAAUGCCAGUUGAAAAGGCAAAACCGUCAUGAAGUAACGUCAGGCAGAACAUAGAUUCCUGCACAAAGGAGGAGAAUCCAUUCCCUUUGGACCACACUAACAUAAAAGACAUGACCAUGUCAAAAAUACAAAACAACAAAACAAAUUCUGAUUGGUUCAGAACUGGGCAGUCAAACUCAUUUACUGUGGUUCCCGUCAAAGGGCAGAUGGUACCAAACUGUCUCAGUGUAACUCCCCUGUGAUGUCAUCAAGUCAUCAUCGCUGUGUUGGAUUUUUAUUUAUUGACAAAACAAACAUUGUUCAUUAUUAUGUGUUAAAACAGAUUUCAUUUUCAUUUAAUAGGUCAAAAAAAUCACAUAAAAAAAAUCUAAACUUGUAAAAUCAAUAUCGUCAAUAUGGAACACAAGUUAUUAGAUUAAUAGUUGGUACAAUGAAGAACUUUGCAGAACUGGGAAGAAUUAAAAGCUGCACACACAGUCCCGCAGGCAGUGCUAAUAAAACUAAUAAGAAGAGUUGAUUACAAUAUAGAAAUGACUGCAUAAAUAAACACAUGGGUAAAUACAACAAUAACAUUACUACAAUAUUUUGAAUUAAUUUCAGAUUGUCUCAUGGGCCACAUUUGAUGUCUUACCAGAAUUGGCCUGCGGGCCUUAAGUUUAGAAAUAUAUGCCCAACGGACCUUAUUCUUCAGACUGAAAUUUGACGUGCCUAAAAAGAUUAUCUUAGCAGUGGAUGAAACAACAAGAGUUUGUGGGAUUUUGUGCAAAGUCAAUGCCCCUAAAUGUGGAAUGUUUUUUGGAGGAAGUGUAGUAUUUCUCAGUUGUCUCUGCUCACGCUCUAGUUUGUGCUCCUUUUGCUCCUAGUGUUGCAUGUGGCAUCCUCAGAAGUCAAGUAUUUAGUCUCCAGCUUUUUACUACAUUUGUGACCUAUAUACCUGAGGUUUCAGAAAUGUCAAAUGCCACGUUUAAUGAUUUUCAGUUUCUCCUGCUUCUGACAUAUGUUGCAAAAACAUUUCACUCUAGACUUUCUUGGACAUUGAACUUGUCCUGACUCUGUUCCUGUCAGAUGCCUUUCCUCUCCACAAUCUGGCUUUUGUGAAUGUGACAAUCUUUGAUUUAGUUUAUAUUUUUAUACAAAAUAAUUAUUUGUGUAUUUAAACAAAAUGUGAAUUGUCUACAUUUUUACAUUGGGACAAUUCUCCACUGGGUGUUACAUUCAGGGUAAAGAGAGAAUAUUGAUGUUUCCUCGGUUUAAAGUGUGCCACAUGACACCUGAUCUGUCUGAUGUGGCACCCCUCAUAAAUAUGGAGACGAGCAUCCUGUGAAGGUCAUUCAUUAGUCAGACCAAACGUGUGGUCCCUUCACAUGUAAAGGCUUUAGGGUUAUUGCACGGGCGUAAAGCAGCGACUCAGACAGAUGCAUGGUGACAGCGUGGAACUCUAACUUUAGUGUCAGGGAAAUAAGUUAACCUUGUAGACUGAGAGUUUGAAUCUCCCUUUUUUAUUCAAAGUAAAUUUCCUGCACCUUGGUUUGAACUGUAUUUGUUCCAAAUUUAAAUUAUUUUUCUUGAGAAAAAAUAUAUGUAUUUUGGUCAUAAAGAAGAUCAUGACCUAAAUGUCCAUGUGACUCUAAAAGUCCCCGAAUUUUUAAAACUAA